CAAAAGAGGGCGGUAUAUAGUUCGACCGUUCAUCCGCGCGCUGCACGUGUUGUAUAUUUUACAUGUUGAUGACAGUAUAGAAAAGAGCAUCAAAAUGACCAAACCCAAAUCGAAGAUGAGUUUGGCGGAGCAGAUUGCUGCGCUGAACGAUCCUGCUCCAAGUUAUGACCCAGAGGAUGCUUCAGAUACAGAGACCAAAGCUAAACUUGCUGAAUUUGAGGAAGAAUUUGAAGACAUCUCGGACAUAAGGCCAAGCCAACUACGCAGGAAAGCUGCGGGAGUCUUAGCUGACGAAGACAAACGCUACGCUGGACGAACCACAUCCAGGCAGACCUUGGACUUGUGGGAUGAUGACGUCGAACCGAGCUCCAAGAAUGUACGCAAUGUUAUCGAGAGUGAUGAUGACGCUGUUGAUAGUAACGAUGACCAGACGUACCCAGAGUCCGGCGACAACACGUCCGACGAAGAGGAAUUGGAUAUUGGUGAUGAGAAGCGCAGAACGCGGUCCAUCGAAGACGCCUUCAAGAAGAUCCAGAGAGAAUUGGAUGAGGAAUCCUCAGAUGGCGAAGACGUUGAUGAUAAUGAUGAUGCUGAUGAUGAUGAUUUGGAUAAUGAUGAUUUGGACGACGGCACUGACGGGGAUGAUGACAGUUAUGAUGGUGACAGUGAAGAUGAAGAUGACGAUUACCAUAGCGACGAGGAGGCGGCGAGCGGAGUGCAAGCAUUCUCUUCAGUGAGCGUCGAGGAGGAGGUCGCCAAGGGCAGAGCCACCAAGGCUCAACUGACAUUAUGGGACACGUUCAUCGAGAACCGGAUCAAGCUGCAGAAAGCCCUGGCAAUAGCCAAUCAGCUUCCAGUGCAUGACAAGCAGGCGGCCUUCGUCCAGACGGGGGGCCAAGCAGUUCAAGAGACGCUGCACUCCAGCAGCCAGCAGCUGAAGAAACUCUUGAAAAAGCUCAUCAAUCUACAGCAGGCACUGUUGCUAGGCAACCAAGCAACCCGCCACGUCGUUGAAGGUAAAGAUGCGUCUAAAGAAGACAGCGACGAGGAGAUCUCAAGUUCUGACGAGGACGAAGAACUCUCAUCCCCUCCUGGCCGUUCCCACAAAAGACCGACCAACCAACAGCGCAAGAGGAAACCAGACAUCGGCGACUUGGGAGAGUUUCUGGCCAAGAGGCAUAAAGACUUUGAGACGUUCCAGUACGACACGAUCCAGAAAUGGCACGACAAGACUAGACUGGCGACGGGCAAGAACAGUGGGAAGUCAUUUUCGUCGUUUGAGAAAUCGGCCGUGACACAAAUACACCAGGUUCUGCAAGACAAGCCCAGGCUUAUAAAACGGACCCAGUUGCGGCGAACGGUGUACACGCGCCUUGGAGACACAGAGGGAACAGACGAUGCUGCAAACUCCUCGCAAGAUACCCAGGAUGGAGCUUUCCCUGGAAAUUCUCAUCUGAAAGAUUUUGAUGAAGAAACAUUUGAUGACGACGACUUUUACCAUCAGUUGCUACGGGAACUGAUUGAGAAAAGAACGUCCUCAACCACAGAUCCUGUUCAGCUGACAAGGCAAUGGUUAGAGGUUCAGAAGCUUCGACGGAAAAUCAAGAAAAAGGUCAACACCAGAGCGAGUAAAGGAAGGAAAAUAAGAUAUGACGUGCAUCCUCAACUUGUAAGCUUCAUGGCUGGAAUGGAUGCAGGAACGAUGAUGGAAAGUGCCAAGAGCGAGUUGUUCAGUUCCUUGUUUGGUAAAAGACCAAACCCAGCUCAAGAUGUUCUUUAAGAUGUUACCAAUGUCGCUGCAGAAGUGCCUCGAGGGUAGAUUUAGGGGAUGGUUGGGGCGGCUAACCACAACACCUCCACAACACCCCCCCCCCCUCCUCCAUCUGACCAAUACUACUCAUUUAUGAACUGCUGGAUAAAAUUACAGUCGACUGCCGCUAAAUAUAGAUUCAGUGGAGACUACGCAGAGUCACAGACGUGGCUAGAGAGGGCGAAGGGGUGUGGGAGUUUGUGAUAACCACCCCCAACCCCC